AUCAGAAUAUGAAUUCGUAAGCUAGAUUUAGUUCUAUUUAACAUAUUAUUUCCUAAUCAUUUCGAUUGUGAUUGUUUAAUAUUUAAUUUAAUUCUUCCUUGUAUAGAAACAUUUUUUGGUUUAAAUUGGAAAAGAGCAAAUGGAUGACACAAUUAAUUAUCACUAUUUGUGCUACCAUUGUGAAUGUAUAGUCUCAUCUUCAUCUCCUCAUAGGGGCACCUCAUGUCCUAGAUGCUUAUCUCGGCUCAUAUAUGAGAUUCAAAGCAUUACAUUCUACAUUAAGGAUAUUGGCAAUCAUCAAAUGGCACCGGUACGGUGGCACGGGCGACCCAAAAGUGAUGGAGAAAUAGAGUCAUAUUUAAUGACUAAGCGGGCGGGAGUUGUGAUACGUUUAAGAUGGAAUAAAAAAGGGGUGGCGCCACCAACCAAUCGAUGGAAGGGUCCUGGACAGCUUCAAUCCGCCGUGGAACAGGUAACAAAAUGCAAUCAAUGGUAUUGGUGUUACGACUGUCAAAGACGGGGAACAUUAGACCUGAGCGCAAUCAUUUCAUCAUCUCGUGAUUCCGAAGUCAUAUGUUGUCGUGAAAACUUAUUUCAUCGAGCAAUCAGAUUCACAGAUGCAACUAUUGACAACCAGGAUCACUUUUAUUGGUGUUAUCAAUGUCAUAGACCUCAUGUCAUAAUCUCUUCUACUUCUUCUUCUUCUUCUGAAAGCAUAUGUCCGCAAUGUCAGAGCGAUCAAUUCAUGUCAAUUAUUCACAUCCGAAGGACUUGGGUCGUUUUCGGAGAUCUAGAACUCCAUCACUCAUGGAUAUAUUCGCGCACCUAUGUGCUCUUAAAUUCGAGCUGGUUUGUACAACUGUCACCGUCAGAGCGCGCAUGGUUGGAGCAACACCAAACAAAGUUGUUAUCUAGUUCCCAGGCGGCUGCCGGUAAACAACUAAUUGGUGACAUGGUAUUGAGAAUCACGGAGGAAGAAAAGAUCGCAAAACUACAAUGCAAUCUUCGUGGUGAGCUGCCACUCGCUGUGAAAUGUUUCAGGUGGCUGCUGCUAUUGAUGCCGUUGCUGCUCAUUGGCCUUCUCGUGAAAUGUCGGAAGAACUAAUCUACACUAUUGUUGCGGGUGCAUGAGAUUGAUUGAACUGUUAUCUACUUCUGUUUCUAGCUUAAGACUUAAAGAAGAAAUGGGAGAAUUGUAAGAUGUGUUGAAACAUGAUUGAGAAAAAGACCAACAACUUCACCCAAUCACACGCACCUGAAUUGAACACUAUUACACUAGUAUUUCAUAAUAAUAAUACAUGUAAUUAUUACCGAAAAAUAAUCAUGA